GAUUUCACAUACCCCAGCUGCGCCUCCUCACAUCCGAACAACACUGCUUAAGACUAUCCAAAUACUCCGGCUGUUCCAGCUGUCACAGAACAUAACAGGGACCAGCUGAAUGUCAAGAUGCAAGUAGUAACUGUUAUGAUACUGCUUCUUCUCUGUAAAGUGUCUGACUUUAAAAAGACAAGGAACAGGAGUCUGAGAAACAAUGAAAGGGACAGAACCUUAAGGAAAAGCUCUAGCACCGUCAAGCGCAACGCGCCCGGUCUCCCCUGCGAUACAUACACUUAUCUUCAUGAGAAAUAUCUAGAUUGCCAGGAAAGAAAAUUGAUUUUUGUAUCAGCUGAUUGGCCCGAUGAUUUAAAACACAUGCUGCUAGCAAGAAACAGGAUCCGUAAACUGAAGAAUAAUAUGUUUGCCAGGUAUAAGGUAUUGAAAAGUCUGGAUUUACAGCAGAAUGAUAUAUCAAAAAUUGAGAGCCAGGCUUUCUUUGGUUUGCAUAAGCUUACCACACUCUUACUUCAGCACAACCAAUUAAAGAGUUUAUCUGAGGAGGUUUUUAUUUACAUGCCCAUGCUAAACUACCUGCGUCUUUAUGAUAAUCCCUGGCAUUGCAACUGUGAACUGGAAACUCUUGUUACGAUGCUACAGAUUCCAGCAAACAGGAAUUUGGGGAAUUAUGCCAAGUGUGUGCAUCCAAUUGAACUGAAAAACCAGAAGUUAAAGCAGAUAAAGGCUGAUCAGCUUUGUGGUGAAGAGGAAAGGCAGGACCCCCAAAGCAUACGAAAGGAGAAGCCUGAGGCCAUGAAACCAGAAUUUGAUUCCUCUCUGUGCCACAUGUACGUGUUCCCGGUACCAACGCUGAACUGCAAGAGAAAAGAUUUAAAGAAAGUUCCAGGUAACAUACCUCCAGAUAUAAUUAAACUUGAUUUGUCCAACAACAAAAUAAGACAACUACGAGCCAAAGAGUUUGAAGAUGUCAGUGAACUGAAGAUAUUAAACCUGAAUAGCAACGGAUUAGCUUACAUUGAUCCUGCUGCUUUCUCAGGGCUCAGUAACUUAGAGGAGCUGGAUCUCUCAAACAACAGCUUGCAGAAUUUUGAUUAUGGAGUAUUGGAAGAUCUUUAUUUUCUGAAAAUACUGUGGCUGAGGGAGAAUCCCUGGCGAUGCGAUUACAACAUCCAUUACCUUUUCUAUUGGCUGAAGCAUCACUACAACGUCCACUACAAUGGCCUAGAAUGCAAAAUGCCUGAGGAAUACAAAGGAUGGUCAGUUGGAAAAUACGUCCGGAGUUACUACGAGGAGUGCCCAAAAGACAAGCUGCCCAUUUACCCAGAAAAUUUUGAUCUGGACAAAGACGAUGAGGAAUGGGAGCGACAUAAAGAAUCAGUUCAAACAGUAAAGAAGCAUGGUGUAAUUGUCACUGUAAUAGGCUAAUAAAGGAUUUUUUUUUGUUAGUAGAUUCACAUAUUUGAUACUCUGACAUGAAAAAAAAUCAUUGUUUACAUUUUUGUUAACUAUACAGAUUGUUUGUAAGAAUCUCUGCCUAUGAAGAAUUCUUCUUUUUUUUUUUUUUUGCAGUUAAUAAUUAUACUGAAUGGCAUUAGUUAUUGUUCCUGCCAACUUGUUCAGGACAUGCUUGUGAAAUAUUCUGGCAAUUAUUUGAAACUUUGCAAUAGAAAUGGACAGAAACAAGCACAGAGCUGUGG